UGUCGCAUUUGCUCUGUUGCAGUGGUGGAACAGGAAGUUCCGGGAAGGCGCCAGAACUGUUUGGUGAAGACGAAAUAUUAUGUGUCCGUUUCACAUGUAUUACUACAGGUCAAGUCUGAGGCCAGGAACAUCAACAGUGAGGACAAACCCAGCCUGCCUUUCUCCUUCCACACUGAGUCCAAACCUACAGUCACUGGGUCCUGAUUGUGACAGUGGAGCCCAGUUUGCACUGGAGGAUUCAGAGAUGGCAUCACUGAAGCUGGAAGACUGCAGUCAAACACUGGAGCUGAAUGUCAACAUUAAAGAUGAAGAAGAGGAGGAGAAGAUUGGGAAAUCUGUUAAUCAUGGAGACCAUGUUGAGACAUUCUCUACAUCCAGAGAGCAACAGCAGGAAGAUCACAGAGCUAAGAGGUCUCACCACUGCCCACAUUGUGAGGAGAUUUUCCCAUUUCUAUCAAAGCUAAAAAUACAUCUAAAAAUACACACAGGAGAGAAGCCUUAUUCCUGUACUGACUGUGGGAAGAGCUUCACAACAUCAAGGGCUUUGACAGUUCAUCAGAGAGCGCACACUGGAGUGAAGCCUUACUCCUGUUCUGCCUGUGGAAAGAGUUUCUCUCGAUUGGAUAACUUAAAAGUACAUGAACGUGUACAUACAGGAGAGAAGCCAUACUCUUGCUCUGACUGCGGAAAAUGCUUCAAAACAUCAUCUGAUCUAACAGUUCAUCAGAGAACACACACAGGAGAGAAGCCUUACUCCUGCUCUGACUGUGGUAAAUGCUUCAAAACAUCAAUUGAGGUAAAAGUUCAUCAGAGAACACACACAGGAGAGAAGCCUUACUUCUGCUCUGCCUGUGGAAAGAGUUUCUCCCGAUUGGAUACUUUAAUAGUACAUGAACGUGUACAUACAGGAGUGAAACCUUACUUCUGCUUUGACUGUGUGAAGAGAUUCACAACAUCAACAUCUCUGACAAUUCAUCAGAGAGCGCACACUGGAGAGAAGCCUUACUCCUGCUCUGACUGUGGGAAGAGUUUCUCCCGAUUGGAUAAGUUAAAAAGUCACCAACUAAUACGCAGAGAGAAGCCAUUCUCCUGCAGCACAUAGCAAUGCUGACCAUAUUUUGCUUUUAUGAGAGAUUUGCUUUCAGAAAUGCAAGCUGCCUCACUUUCGAGGGGCUGAUGCUGUUUCUUCUCUCAGUAAUUGUUUUGUCCCGUUUUUGAGAAGACCCUCUGAGGGGUAGAUUUGGCUCAUCUGAUUAGAGACCCGGCUACAAGAGCCGGCUCUCUAAUCCGACUUGUUCGCGAACGACCCAUUACUACUACAGUCACUGGUUGGUGAUUGUGACUGGAGCCCAGCACCUCUACUUCCCGUGGCUAUGGUAAUGAUUAUAAUGUUUCCUCAUGAGCAUAGCAGGUAUCCAUGGUAGCGUUUAUGUUAUGUCGUCAGCAUAACAGGUAUUUAAUAUUAACAACACCUUCCUAAUAUUCAGUUGCACCUUUUUGCCCUGAGAACAGCCUCAAUUCGUCGGGACCGGUGCAUUGUAGUUAAUUUCAUCUUUGACUUAAUCAGUGAAAUAUCUUUGAGUAGUAAGCAGGGAAACAACGAUUCCCAGACAGUUCAAUAGAACAUACCAGAGGAGAGCAUCGUUUACUAGGCUACAUCACUUAUUAGGAUCAUCUAAUACCACCAGUGUUUGGAAUACAUUGAGUUCGUUGACCAAACAGACCGUGGAAACCAAUUUUAUAGCAGUGAAUGUAAUCUAUUAAUGUAUUGUUCUAGUAUUUCUAAGUAGCAACCAUAUCAGCCUGGGAAACUAAAUGUUUAUGAUAGAACAUUCACAUUUUUCAGUGAAGUUGAAAUCCUUCCUCUUCAAUGGUAAGGUCCCUUGCACCAUAAAGUCACUGCUGUGGUGCCCACCAGACCAUCCGGUGAGGCACCCAGACCCUGUGACCCAAAACCCUGACUCCUGCACAUCCAUCCCUGUAGCCAUUUGAAUGCCUUGAUGCCCUCCUCUUCCUUAUCAGACAACACCCCAUCCAACAACUGAUCUGAGGACUGUUUUUAGCAGUGACGGAGUAACACCUUGCACCUAACCACAGCUCCAUAAUUGCUGUCCUUCAACCUUCCUCCUCAUGGUGUGCCUGUUGGUGUGCUGUCCAACUGUUGCCUACCGUUUAGCCUCCUGCUGCUCCACCGACAGCACCAUGCCAGCCAGGACGCCUGCAUGCCCCAGGUGCCCUUGUUCUAACAACGUCCGGUACAGACAGGGAUGACGUGGAGGGUAGCGGUUGUUCUGGCUCAGGUUCAAGAAGACAUUUCCUUCCACUGAACCUGCCCCAGAGACUGUUCCUUACCCUCUGAUGAUCCUCCUCUGUGGGCUCUCGGGACAGAGGGUUGUGGUCUUCGGCCGGGUACAGAUCCUCCACUGACUGCACCUGGUUGGGCACGGCUGGCAUCCGUACGGACGAUAUUGUGAACCGCCAAAAUAGGCUGCAUGGCUCCACUGAUGAGCUCCAUGGAGGCAUUCUCAUGUGGUAGAGAGAAUCCCCUGGUCACCUAUAGAGACCUGCCAAGAGGAAGGAUGUUAAGUGCCACAUGCCUUUCAAUGAAUGACUUGGAACACCUUGAAAUGCAUUCAUUGUAAGAAAUGUGCCAUCUAAAUAAAGUUUGAUUUGAUUGAUGACAUUACCGAUGUAAAAUAUUUAAUAAAUUGUCAUCUUCAGUACAAGUGGUUUUUCCAUGACCUUUUAAUUGAUAACUUGGGAUUUUAUCACUUGGCAUCAAUCAUACAGUGGGAUCCUAAAUAUUGUCAUGACGUGGCCCUUUCUGGGUAUAGCUAGUGGCUUCCCCCUCCUCUCUCUCUCUCUCCAACACCCAGGUUCUUUUAUCUUAGGUCGUAAAUUCCUGGAGGAGACUCUCCCCCUGGCCAUGCAGAAAGAGACACCUAGAGAGAACAAAGGAUUUCACAUGGCGAACUCCUAAAUUCCCAAAAUGAGGAUUUGAUACAAAAUGUCCACUUGUGGGAAUGGUCCGUGGACACUUAAGGGACGGGUAUGACGAGUGUGUUUAACUUGAUGACCUCAGAGAGGACAGGAAACACACAUGACUAUAUCUCUGAAUAUGUACAUUUCUCAAUUAUGGGGUUCCCAUCUAAUUCUUGUAUAAAAUUAAUGAAUAAAGAUUAAACGAUUUGUGAAAUGAUGUAAGGUGAUGGUAAACCUUUAAUGAAAGAGAAUUGUAUACCCUUUAAAGUUUAACCAAGUCAUUGGCCCGCCCCCGUGAACACAGACACGAUCUGGCGUCAUAGAACAGCCCUUUUCAACUGUUACGAAUAAAACCCUCUCCUGAGGAAAUCCUCUUCAGAUCACAGAAACCUCAGUAUAAGCUAAGGUUGUAAUGGUUAUUGAAUUCCUAACCAUACCACGUGGAGCAUUAGGCUACACGGGUGGAAAUUGUUAAACUCUGACACUAUCGAUCCCGACAGAAUAAGAGAAAAUCUUAGAUACUAUUUACUAGUCUACAGCUAGAAAUUAUGUCAAACUGGGAUGCGAAGACCGACAACCGCCGAAACAGCUAUUCUAUGAUAACAUUUCUGAAUAGUAUUCUGCAGUAUCCAUUUUAACCACGAAAGACUUGAUCUUCAGGGAGGCAGAGAGAGAGAGGAUGAUGAACUGACUCUCCAACAGACAGACGGACGAUUCCAACAGAGAUCACGACGACACACUGGGCGUAAAUAGAUAUUGAUUGCAAUUAUUCCCAAAUGAGUGAAUGUUCAUGUGCAAAUGGUUAGCAUUUCAAUAAAUAUAAAUAUCAACUGUGUAGUGACUCAUUUUGUCUUUCCCGCCAACUUCAGUCUACACCCACUUCCCUUUGUCCACCAAGCCGUCAUAUCUGCUUAGCCCACUAGGGAACCCCCCCUAUCAUUUCCUUGUAACCAUAUCUACUGUGUUGUUUGAUUUAUGCAUUUCUGUGAUUGUUUAGUUAGUUAGUAAAUAAAUGAUUAAGAGAAUUGAUGUAUGGAUGAUUCAUAGUAAAGGCUGGGUUCGUGCAGAUAACCAACAGUUUACUACAUUUGGAAUGAGACUAAUGUGAGGUAAAUAAUAAUUCAUUAAUUAGAAGACUGAUUGAUCAGAUAUUAAAAUAUCUGAAGUUAUAUUAGGAAAAUUAUAACUUUGUAAUCUGAAGAUUUUCCUUGGUGCCCCGACUUCCUAGUUAAUUACAUUCACAUGAUUAGUUUAAUCACAUUUUAAUAAUUACAGAGAAUUGAUUUGAUAAAAUAACAGUCUUCACUUUAAUGAUGCCAAAGACAUGACAAGAUCAAGACUGUGAAUGCAUGUACCACUCUGAAUAAAUAAAUAUAGUGCCUUUUGAA